UUUCCGAGCUGGCAGUUUCACAACUCCCGCUGCGAAGCGAUGGAGAGCGAGUGCUGCCCAAGAGCGCCAAGUCAACGCCGACUUUUGCUUCCUCUCCUCGCAUUGCGUCGAUUCCAUCCACGCUCCUACCAGACAACCUACCUGCCCGCCCAUAGCAAACGCCCAGUCCAGGGGAGCCUCCGCCGUUGCAAUCCCAACGCUCCCUCGCUAGCGCUGAACAACGUUGAGCCGUCAGGAUGGCGCUGCGUGCGCUAGCUAGAAUGCCUCGCUGGGCCCCAAGGACCCGACCGCGACCGAUACACGUCCGCUCGGCCAGUCCCGACACCCUCAGUGCCUUCAUGGGCUUCAUUGCGACUCUUGUUCACUCGACCUCGCACUCUCGUCUGGCGGGGCGCCACUGCAGGAGCUAUAGAGUACCCCGACGCCCUCCUACCGACCCCAGCGGCCACGGGCUAUGUCGUCACGACCAUCCCCACCCCCUCGCCGCUACCGAGAGCGGCCCGUUCUCCCAGCGGCGCUGCUUCCAUAACUAUUUCGUCACGCACCUGCCUUCGUCGUCGCUGCACCCGGACCCGCGCCUCGGCUCGGGCCCGCACCAUAAACUCCCCCGGAGCGCCUCCAUACCCCACACCCCGGACCCAGGCUCCCGGAGCCUCCCCGCGGCGAGUCCGCCCGUGCCCCGGAACCUCCCGUCGCGGGACCUGACCGUCGUCCGCAUCCCGCUGCGCAGCGCCAAGCACCACUUUGGCGCCCACAACUCGCGCGGCACCCGUGCCUACAACGAGGACGAGAACCAGGCCGGCACCAUAGACCUGCCCGCCUUUGCGCGCCGCGCCCCGGUCAGCUUGUCGCGCUCGCGGAGACCUUCCUCCUCGGCCUCCAGCGGUGACAGCUCCGGCUCGGGCGAGGGGAGCGUGGCCGACAGCGCCAGCGGCGACCCGCAGAUAUUCUACUUUGGCGUGUUCGACGGCCACGGCGGCAACGAGUGCUCCGCCUUCCUGCGCGAUGAGUUGCACGGCUACAUCGAGGAGACGGCGGUGCAGUUCGGGCUCGGGAGCAGCUUGCGCCGCGGCCAUCACAAGUUCGGCAGCCACAGCGUCGGCGGAUCAUCCCCGCCGCCGCAGCAACCCGAGAUGAAGAGCGCUGAGGAGGUACAGGCCAUGGUCAAAAACGACCUGGCCGAAGGCAAGAAGAUCAGCAGCGACGACCCUGAGCCCGUGCCGGCCGAUGUCCCCGCCGCGCUGCGCCUCGAGCGCGAGCUGCUGGCCGAGUACAAGGACACAGUCGGCGGCUACUUCCGCCGCUUUAAACCACCCCACUUCAGCCUUACCCGGACGACGUCGGUCGAGUCCACCACGCACCCGUCGUCCCCCGAGGCGGCGAUGUCGGGCGCGCCGCCCGUAACCAUCGAGUCUGUGCUGACGUACGCCUUCCUGCGCGCCGACCUCGACUUCGUGACGGCGCAGGCGCGCAAGCCGGACCGGGACGACGCGCACGUGGCCGACUUCCCCGUCAACCGCGACGAGGUGCUGGGGGCGCCGCACGCGCGGCACCACCACCACCUCGCCGGCGGCGGCGACACCAUCGGCGGGCCCUCGCGCUUCAAGGGCGGCUCCACCGCCACCGUCGCGCUCGUGUCGACCCCGACGCCCCAGCCCUUCUGGCACCCGUCGGCCCACAGCACCCUGCUCGUCGCGCACGUGGGCGACUCGCGCGCCCUCCUCUGCGAGACGGCCACGGGCCUCGCGCGCCCGCUCAGCAACGACCACCACCCGUCCAGCCCGCUCGAGGCCCGCCGCCUGCGCCGCUUCUUCGCCGCCGGCGGCUCGCUCGCCACCGACUCGUUCGGCGAGGAGCGCCUGGCCGGCCUGGCCAACUCGCGCGCCUUUGGCGACCUGACCUCCAAACGCCUCGGCGUCUCGGCCGAGCCCGAGAUAUGCCGCACAGACCUAGGCCCGGCCGAGUACAGCUUCCUGGUCCUGGCCAGCGACGGCGUCUCGGGCACCCUGUCGGACCAGGAGAUCGUCGACGUCGUCAAGGAGGCCCGCACCCCGGAGCAGGGCGCCCGCGACGUCGUCGAGUACGCCACCGAGGUCUCGGCCGACGGCGACAACGCCACCUGCCUCGUCGUCCGCCUCGGCGGCUGGGAGCGCCGCAGCGAGGGCGGCGUCGGCAGCCUCGGCACAAAGGAGAUUCGCGACGUGCGCAGGGCCGAGGCCCAGGAUCCCAGGCGGGGCAGGAGGUGAUGGGGGCGUAAAGGAAACCUGGGUUAGACUUUACGUCUUUCCCUCAUCUUGCACUUUUCCAGGCUUUCUCUCCUGAUUCUCAUAUCCGCUGAUCUUUUCCGUUUAAAUUCCCCUCUUUUUUCUUUUCUUGUCGUAGCUUUUUGUCCACUGAUGCAUACCUCCACAUUUGACUGCAAAUAAACGGCCCGGCGGUAUGGGGAAUCUUUCGCCUUGUAUCCUUUUCUCUGCCACGAACAAGCAAAAGAUAGAAACGGUAGAUUUAGCAAAAGCUCUGUUUCUGUCUCGGCAUCUCUCUCACUCGCUGUACGGUCAAACCCCGGUGCUCUAAUCUGAGAUUUAUUCCCUCAACCUAUCUGCCUAUGUGGAGAGGAAGUCCGACCAUUCCUGCAUGUCACUCAUCUAAAGGCGGAAAUCAGGUCCUCGUUUGGCUGCUUGUAAACACUGGAGCCGCGAGCAGUGCCGAAGUCAAUGGCUCAGGGCUCUCCCCGGGACACUCAUUGUCCAGAGGUAGAGCGUGUCUAGAUCUGGGUGUAAUUGUCUUGUCUUUGUUCAUUUCUAAUGUCCUUUCUCGUGGGCCAAGGCUUUUUAUUCACAUAACGCUACGAGCAUGGAACAAAGGGGAUAGGGAAGCAAUCUUUGUGUGACUUGACAGUAAGGCAAGGCCUAUUGUCUCGAGGAUGAACUUGGGCUGCGGUGACAUCCGUUAGAUAUAAAUUUACAUGCGGCUUUCUUGUCUCGUUCCCCGUCGUCAUCUCUACCUACCAUC